AUGGAUAAUGGCACAAAUGUUGUAAAAGCUAUCCAAUUAAUAAAAACUUUACAUGUGCUAUGCACUGCUCACACACUUCAUUUAAGUGUAACUAAAGGUCUCAAUGCUACUGGUGCAUUUAAGAAAUAUAUUACAAAUCUUAUUUUAUUUUUUAAUGAUAGUCCUAAGAAUACAGAAAAUCUUAGAGAUGCACAAUGCAAGUUAAACUACCAAAAGGUGUAUGAAGUUCUUUUGAAUGUUCAGACCCAUUGGAACUUGAUGUAUAUUGCAUGGAAAUGUUUACUUGAACUAAAAAAUGCUAUACUCUACCUUAUUACUAUUUUAAAAAUUUCUUCAGAGAAGGAUGAUAAAGAUGAUGCUAGCUAUUUGGAACAAAUUAAUUUGACAGAAUUGGAAUGGAGUUUGUUAAUUAAUAUGCAUUCAGAUGAUGAAAUUAUUGAUUUGGCAACUCGUGCUAAUCAAGCUCUUAAUAUAUUACAUGAUUAUGUUCAAAAAUAUAAAAAUAUACCUGUUAAUUUUCAGCAAAAUUCUGAUUCAUAG